AUGUCUCAAUUCCGAUUUCUCACCCUCCUAAACUACAUUCGUUUCGAUGACAGUAACAGUAGAUCACAACGCCUUGAAACGGACCCAUUGGCUGCAAUUUCAGAAAUUUUUGGGCUGUUCAUUGCCAAUUGCAAGAAAGCAUAUACUCCCGGAGCAUACUUAUGUGUAGAUGAGAUGCUAGUUCCAUUUAGAGGCAGAUGUAAAUUUAUUAUUUAUAUGCCCAAAAAGCCGGCCAAGUAUGGCCUAAAAAUUUUAGUUGUUUGUGACGCAGAAACCUUUUAUGUACAUAAUGCAUACAUCUACCACGGAAAAGACUCUGAUGGGCUAGGACUACCAGAAACCGAGAGAAAGCUUGCCAUCCCAACUCAGUCUGUAUUACGUUUGUGUAAGGAUUUUGAAAAAACCAAUAGAAAUAUUACAGCUGACAAUUGGUUUAGCUCCAUAGAAUUGAUGGAACGGUUAAAAGAUAGGGGUCUCACUUACGUUGGAACACUGAAAAAAAAUAAAAGACACAUCCCACCUGAAUUUCAAGCAUCUAAAACUCGUUCGCCUGAAUCGUCGCUACACGGCUUCACGAAAGACUUCACUAUUGUGUCUUACGUCCCCAAAAAGUCAAAAGCAGUGUUAUUAAUAUCUUCUAUGCACCACACAAAGCAAUUGGAUCCACUAACAAAAAAGCCGGAAAUUAUAAUGGAUUAUAAUAAAACAAAAGGGGGUGUUGACGAAAUCGAUAAAAAAUGUUCGAAUUAUUCAUCAAGUCGUAGAACCCGACGUUGGCCUCUCGCUAUUUUUUUUAGAGUCUUGGACUUGAGUGGAGUCAAUGCCUAUGCUCUGUACAAGACCUGCACUGCCGUUCCUAAUAUUUCUAGAGCUCAGUUUCUCCAGGAUCUUGCUCGCAGUUUGGUCUUACCACACCUAAAACGUCGAGUGUAUAAUAAUCGUUUACCAAGAGAGCUGCGAUUGACAAUAUCACGCGUACUAGGUACAGAUAAACCACCAGAACCUGAAAUAACUGCCCCUGAAGAUACAGAAGCAGCGAGAAAAACAUGUAAAAUUUGUCCAUCAAGACUCAAAAGACGUACUAAGUACAGCUGCAUCGAAUGUCGCAAGGCUAUCUGUCUCGGAUGUUCAAAAACAGUAUGCGUGGAAUGUGCAGACAAUAAGUAA